AUGAAUGAGCAACCAGCUGUCAAUCAUGCUGAAUUUAUGGUGGCAAUCGCGAAUCUCGCUAAUACCAUGGAGGCUAAUGCUGCUGCGACUCUACAAGUUAUGCAGAGGUUAGGCCAACCGGCUGGAAAUGGCAAUGGAAACGGCGAUAACACCGGUGGAGUUUUGAUGACCUUGGCGACGUUCCUCAAGGCCAUGGAGCGUGCUUUAUGGGCGCAGCAUGUUCCAAACAAUCAGUAUGUAGAGUUUGCUGCUUAUCAGCUUGCGGGAGAGGCCCAGCCCUGGUGGCAAAAAUACUUCCCUGAGUCUGCAAGGGAAGCGAAGGAGAUGGAACUGAUGCAGUUGAAGCAAGGUUCCAUGUUGGUGGCAGAUUACACCAACAAGUUUGAGGAGCUUUGUAGGUUUUCUAGGGAAUGUCAGGGAGCCCCGGAGUCCUACAAGAGCUGGAAGUGUAUCAAAUACCAAAGGUGGUUGAAGAACAACAUUAUGACUGUCGUGGCUCCAUUAGAGAUUCGUACUUUUUCUGACUUGGUGAACAAAGCAAGGGUAGUUGAGGAGUAUGCUAAGACAUGGGCGGCGUCCAAGGAGACUCAUGGAGGGAAUACUAGUAAGGGACGUGGAAAGUAUUUCCAUCCUAGAGGUCAAAGUUUCAAGAGAGGAGGAUAUGCGCCUCAAGGUCAGGGAUGCUUCAGAAAGAACAAUCAGAAUUAG